AUGUCUACUAUUGAAUCUGAAAAUACUCAAACCCUUUCUGAAAGUGAUUGCAUUGUUGAACCUAAUAACCAAGUACUUGUUAGUGAUACAGAUCAAAAUAUUAGUCAGUUGAAAAAGAAAUCCAAAAAAAAACUUGCUCCUGUUUAUGAAUAUCUCGAUGUAUUUGAAGAUGGAACUCGUGUUUGCAAAAUUUGUGAUAAAAGUAAAUGCAUUG